UGGCCGGUCUUCAGCUCCUGAGCAGCUUCGGCCUUCGGUUCCCGUAGUGCUGACGAUUCGGAGCUUUAGGGUAGAACGCGAGACGUCUACUCGCUGCUCCGCGGACCAGACUGCAUUCUGAGGUAAGGAAAGGAAACGAAAGCAGGAAGCAUUGGAAAUAUAUACGAGUUCUUUCCUGUGAAGAUCUACAGAAACACAAGAAAAAAAAUCUAUGUAAAAAAUGGUAAGAAACAACAGUUGAAGAAUAUCAACAAUUAUUGACAGGAAUCUGCCUAUUCUCAGUGCCUCUUAUAAGAUUCUAGUACUAUGUAACCGUAUUAUCAAAGUGUCUAAGAAUAAGAUGAUCACGCUAGGAUUUUCAGGAAACCCAUCAUGAAUGAAUGAGCUUUUGAUGACAAUGGCACUGGGCUUAACAAGCAUCGAGAUGAAGCAGAUGAAGAAGAGAAUUUGACACAGAACUCCGUGGUUAGCCGCUCACAAUUGUAUUAUUUUUUAUUCAGUUCAAUACAUUUCACAGAUAUUUACUGAGGAAUUACUAUCCAUAUACAGAAUCAAGAUAAGACUUUUCAGUCUUCAAGAACUUACUCAUAGAUGUUUGUGGAUUCUUCUGUGGGAUCAGAGGGCACGCCUGUUGUAAUCAGAAAACUCCAAGAAUAGCAGCAGGGAUGGAUGAACAGGCUCUCUUAGGGCUAAAUCCAAAUGCUGAUUCAGACUUCAGACAAAGGGCCCUGGCCUAUUUUGAGCAGUUAAAGAUUUCCCCAGAUGCCUGGCAAGUUUGUGCUGAAGCUCUGGCCCAAAGGACAUACAGUGAUGAUCACAUAAAAUUUUUCUGCUUUCAAGUACUAGAACAUCAAGUUAAAUACAAAUAUUCAGAACUAACUACUGUUCAACAACAACUAAUUAGGGAGACGCUCAUAUCUUGGCUUCAAGCUCAGAUGCUGAAUCCCCAACCAGAGAAGACCUUUAUACGAAAUAAAGCAGCCCAAGUCUUCGCCUUGCUUUUUGUUACAGAAUAUCUCACUAGAUGGCCCAAGUUUUUUUUUGACAUUCUCUCAGUAGUGGACCUAAAUCCAAGGGGCGUAGAUCUGUAUCUCCGAAUUCUCAUGGCAAUUGAUUCAGAGUUGGUGGAUCGUGACGUGGUGCAUACAUCAGAGGAGGCUCGUAGGAAUACUCUGAUAAAAGAUACCAUGAGGGAGCAGUGCAUUCCAAACUUAGUGGAAUCAUGGUACCAAAUCUUACAAAAUUAUCAGUAUACUAAUUCAGAAGUGACAUGUCAGUGCCUUGAAGUAGUUGGGGCUUAUGUCUCUUGGAUAGACUUAUCCCUUAUAGCCAAUGAUAGGUUUAUAAAUAUGCUGCUAGGUCAUAUGUCAAUAGAAGUUCUACGGGAAGAAGCAUGUGACUGUUUAUUUGAAAUUGUAAAUAAAGGAAUGGAUCCUGUUGAUAAAAUGAAACUAGUAGAAUCUUUGUGUCAAGUAUUACAGUCUGCUGGGUUUUUCAGCAUUGACCAGGAAGAAGAUGUUGACUUCCUGGCCAGAUUUUCUAAACUGGUAAAUGGAAUGGGACAGUCCUUGAUAGUUAGUUGGACCAAAUUAAUUAAGAAUGGGGAUAUCAAGAAUGCUCAGGAGGCACUACAAGCUAUUGAAACAAAAGUGGCGCUGAUGCUGCAGCUACUAAUUCAUGAGGAUGAUGACAUCUCUUCUAACAUUAUUGGAUUUUGUUAUGAUUACCUUCAUAUUUUGAAACAGCUUACAGUGCUUUCGGAGCAGCAAAAAGCUAAUGUAGAGGCAAUCAUGUUGGCCGUUAUGAAAAAACUGACUUACGAUGAAGAAUAUAACUUUGAAAAUGAGGGUGAAGAUGAAGCCAUGUUUGUAGAAUACAGAAAACAACUGAAGUUGUUGUUGGACAGGCUUGCUCAAGUUUCACCAGAGCUCCUGCUAGCUUCUGUUCGCAGAGUUUUUAGUUCUACACUGCAGAACUGGCAGACUACACGUUUUAUGGAAGUUGAAGUAGCAAUAAGACUGCUGUAUAUGUUGGCAGAAGCUCUUCCAGUAUCUCAUGGUGCUCACUUCUCAGGUGAUGUUUCAAAAGCUAGUGCUUUGCAGGAUAUGAUGCGAACUUUGGUAACAUCAGGAGUUAGUUCCUAUCAGCACACAUCUGUGACAUUGGAGUUCUUCGAAACUGUUGUUAGAUAUGAAAAGUUUUUCACAGUUGAACCUCAACACAUUCCAUGUGUCCUAAUGGCCUUCUUAGACCAUAGGGGUCUGCGGCAUUCUAGUGCCAAAGUGCGGAGCAGAGCUGCAUACCUGUUUUCCAGAUUUGUCAAGUCUCUAAAUAAACAAAUGAAUCCUUUCAUUGAGGAUAUUCUGAAUAGGAUACAAGAUUUAUUAGAGCUUUCUCCACCUGAGAAUGGUUACCAGUCUUUGUUGAGCAGCGAUGAUCAACUCUUUAUUUAUGAGACAGCUGGAGUGCUGAUUGUUAAUAGUGAAUAUCCUGCUGAACGGAAACAAGCAUUAAUGAGAAAUUUGUUGACCCCAUUAAUGGAGAAGUUUAAAAUUCUGUUAGAAAAAUUGAUGCUGGCACAAGAUGAAGAAAGGCAGGCAUCACUAGCAGACUGUCUCAACCAUGCUGUUGGAUUUGCCAGUCGAACCAGCAAAGCUUUCAGCAACAAGCAGACUGUGAAACAAUGUGGCUGUUCCGAAGUUUAUCUGGACUGUUUACAGACCUUCUUGCCGGCUCUCAGUUGCCCCUUACAAAAGGAUAUUCUCAGAAGUGGAGUUCGGACUUUCCUUCAUCGCAUGAUUAUUUGCUUAGAGGAAGAAGUUCUUCCAUUCAUCCCAUCUGCCUCGGAACACAUGCUCAAAGAUUGUGAAGCAAAAGACCUCCAGGAGUUCAUUCCUCUUAUCAACCAGAUUACAGCCAAAUUUAAGAUACAGGUAUCUCCAUUUUUACAGCAAAUGUUCAUGCCUCUACUUCAUGCAAUUUUUGAAGUGUUGCUCCGACCAGCAGAAGAAAAUGACCAGUCUGCUGCUUUAGAGAAGCAAAUGUUACGAAGGAGUUACUUUGCUUUCCUGCAAACAGUCACAGGCAGUGGAAUGAGCGAAGUCAUAGCAAAUCAAGGUGCAGAGAAUGUAGAACGGGUACUGGUUACUGUUAUCCAAGGAGCAGUCGAAUAUCCAGAUCCAAUUGCACAGAAAACGUGUUUUAUCAUUCUCUCCAAGUUGGUAGAACUCUGGGGAGGUAAAGAUGGACCAGUGGGAUUUGCUGAUUUUGUUUAUAAGCACAUUGUCCCCGCCUGUUUCCUGGCACCUUUAAAACAGACCUUUGACCUGGCAGAUGCACAAACAGUAUUGGCUCUGUCUGAGUGUGCGGUGACUUUGAAAACAAUUCAUCUCAAACGGGGCCCAGAAUGUGUUCAGUAUCUUCAACAAGAAUACCUGCCUUCCUUGCAAGUAGCUCCAGAGAUAAUUCAGGAGUUUUGUCAAGCGCUUCAGCAGCCUGAUGCUAAAGUUUUCAAAAAUUACUUAAAGGUAUUCUUCCAGAGAGCAAAGCCCUAAGGACUGGAUCUCCCUGUGCCUACUUUAUGAUCAAGAAUUCCAGUUAAUAAUUUAUAAAGAAGCAGUUUUUGUGUGCCAUUCACACUGGUCUUUUUAACAUUGCUUUAAGCUUAUUGCAGUAUAUGUAUUGGGAUUUUUCUGUAAAAUGGGUGUAAUUUUCUCUGAAUACAGGUAUGUGACAACAAGAGAAGUUGCUUGCAUGCCAGUUCAAAUUGUUCUAUAUAAAAAUGCUGUUAAAAGAUACAGCACGGUUAUCUUAGUACUCCCCCCCCUUUUUUUUUUUACUUGAAAUAUUAAAUUCUUUAUAAAGACCACAUAGCAGGAAAACAGUGUACUUUUUUUCAAUUGCUAAAUAUAAAAUGUUUGAAAAUUUUAAUUUUAUGUGUGCAGACUCAAAAUGGGAGAAUACAGCAAAUUAAAACUAAUUUUUUGUAGAUAGCCAUUACAUUUCUUUAAACUGUUUCGAUGCCAGUGUGUGUUCUACAAAAGAGAAUGGUUUCAUAAAUUAACUGAUUUAAGAGUAGGUGUCGGUGUUACACGCUUUUUAUAAAAAAUAAAUUUUACGUAGUGAAAUCUA